AUGGCCAGAAGCGGGAUGCGGAGGUUCAAUGAACAGGGUAAGAGGAAAGCAGAAGAUAAAGACACCUUACUAGCCAUGUUGGCUUGCUGGAGCAGCGCAGUGCAUGAGAAAGGCGGCGCAGACAGUCCUGCGCGCAAGAGCUGCAUGUCGUGCAUGAGAAUGUGGUCGGAGGCUGGGUGUGAUUGCUUGGCGUGGGCGGCGCCGACUUCACUUCAUGUCGAGCGCGCCUUCCUGCUCCAAGCACUUCACGCCGACGCCGCAGAUCCAGCUGGUACUUCUCGCGUCGUAGAAAGUCGGCCGCGGAUGUUCUACGUGGCUGGCAAAGCACGAGUACUUUCAUAUUGGUCUGCGAGCAUCUUACAGCGCCGGAGCCUCGAUCGCCUGCUCUCCGUCCAUGGACGAAAGAUUCACGAGUCGCAGACGACUCAACAGAAUAAGGGAUUUGCGGCCAGCCAUGGGAAGCUCAUCGCAGUCAAGACCAGAGCACGACGGCAAGCACGAUUCGAUGAGGACCAGCAAGAGAAUGGUAGAAUCGAGAGACCUAGAGAAGAGCUGUGCGUUGCUGGCGAAGAAGACACCCGUAUGUGCAUCGGCUCAGUUGCCGGGCAUAUAAGACUUAUGGAGCUGCGAGCUGGGAGAAUAUCAGACUCGUCUUCGCACCAGCGUUGGAAAGCAGUGCCUGACUCUGGCCAUACCCUCGAUGCUGGCGCCUGGCCUCGACAUCUCACGGCAUUGUCCUGGUCAUCGACCAUUCCAGACCGAUCGCCUGCCAUCGUAGCAUAUCGAGUCGCCGCUGUGUCGGUGGAAGAGCCCUACAGAAGUCGCGGCUUUCUUCGUGCACAUCUUGCGUGCUUCUCUCUGACUCCUGAGGCUCGAGCACUUCCGGUGGAGCAGAUGGGAAAACUCAAUACCUGCCGUCGCGCUGCUACUGCCAUCGUCUGUCUGGGCUGGGCUGAUACGAUCCAUGCUGAGGACUCUUACGAGCGUAGCCAUGGCAUAGCAAUCUCUGUUGCCUGGCAUCACAACGAUGACGUCCGCUUCGUCACACACGGCAACGAAGUCGAAAAAAUUGGUUUUUUUCCGCCCGCCCUCCAAACUUCGACUUUCCACCAACUUUCAGCUGCUCUUUCAGCACUCGAGCUUCUCCUUCGUUCGCAGCUUCUCAACAAGCUUCACCGCUGUUACCUCUACACCUGGCACAGUGCAAUGCAUCUGAUCCUAAUGACGGCACCCACGCCAGAAGGUGACGGCAUAUCGCUGUUCACUCUCGAGUGCUGUGUCGACGACAGCCGCCAUCUCACAAUGACACCGAUGGCCGUAAGCCCACAACCCCCGACCACACUACACCACGCUCCCCCUAGCCAUGCAGCUCAACCUGUCUUUGGCGGCGUGGUCACCAACCGAAGAAGCCACAAAAACAGUACCGAAGACCGGGUACAAGACCGCCCCAACGAACGCAGCCUGAAAAAGCGCGGAGGCAAGAACCCACAAAACCAGAUCGUCAGAAACGAGGUCGUGAGUCCGACAGGGUCGGCAGGAACUCCAGAAAAAAAAAAUAAAAGGGCACCGGCUCCAGUGUCAGAAAGAGGAGGGCAUCAGUCGUUCGCCUGUUGGCGGCGCCUGGAGCCUUUUGUUGUUCGCGCAGCUUGUUGUGUAAGUAGUCCACCCUUCCAUGGAAUGUCGUCGCCAUCACCACCGCUGCCGUCCAUACUGCCGUUGCUGACCGAUCUCCAUAAUCCUUAUUGCCGCAUGCCGCACGCCGCCACCACCACAAUAUUCCGAUAUUACCCUGGAUCGCUGUCGCAGUCUGCCAAGCCUUCACAAGCCAAUGUCAGAAGCCAAUGUCACAAGCCAGUGUCACAAGCUAGUCUGAAACUGAGCUCAACUCAAACCGGUGACUCGAUUUGGCGCACUCACUUACAUCUCUCCAGCUUUGCUUUCUUCUUCCACAAACAUACACCACCACCACACCACCACACCCUCUACACAAGGACACAUACACAUAAGAUGUCUUCCUACAACCUCGACCCGACUAUGCGCGACAGCUACACUCCAGAUCCCGACGCUUUGUUCGUGUCUGAUGGUCGUCACAAGGCCGAUGUCGAGUUAGAGCACUACGGCCGCGAAGAUGAGGAGAACGCCCUCGAGCAGGAGGACUUCGACGGUAACCCAUUUGCCUUCUCUGCUCAUUCUGGGAUCGAGGGUAGUACCGGAGGUACUGCCUCAGACCAUCACCGACUACAGUUCCAUACUGUAGCCCACGGUGCUGGCUACCGCCCUAUCCCAACUGCACGUCCCGCAUCUCCAGAGCCCGAGUCCGAGGUCGAGGUUCGUAAGUACGAUCGCAAGAAGGUCGGUCUCCCAAUCGUGCAAUCGGUAUUCAAUAUGCCGAAUCCUCGAAGCUGUCGUCGCGAUCAGCGCUCUCGAGCUGCGGACCCGGCUACUGCCCACCUUCGCGAGAAGGAGCGCGGUGUACGCUGGAAUCGUUUCGGCUUUCUGAUCGACACUUUCGCGAAGGAAACUGAGAGGAGCCGCAUGUGGUACGCACAUCAGCAGGCUCAGAAGGGAGUUUGGGACCUCGAGCGUACUCGUCUCGCUACUCGAAUCCCGGAGCUUAGGGCUGAGCUGGCAGAGGCUCAGCAAGACCUAUCCAAUAUGAAUGCUGCCGAGGCUAAACUCGAGGAGGACUACGGCGACGAGAUCGAGAACGGGCGACAAAACCAGAAGAAGCUCGAGAUGUGGACUAGCUUCCUUCAAAUGGAGAACGAUGCCUACCCGAAGGAGCUCGAGGGGUACGAGGAACCUGACUCCGAGGAGGAAUUCGAGGCUUUUAUGCAGGAUCUGUCGGAGCCGGGAAAUGAGGAAUUGCGGAAGGCUAUCAAGGAUGCGGAGGACAGGGAAAAUGCGAUGGAGGAAGGAUGGAGAAGGAUGCCUAUGCACAAAGCAUAUCGGGAUGGAAAUCCUGAGCGACUAGACGAUCUUGAUCUAAUACACUUCUUCCCAUUCAUCUCGACAGGAUCAUGUAUUGAGGAUGGGAUUUCUGAGCGAGCAGACAAUCUUGUUUUGAUGCACUUCUUCCCGUUGAUCUCGACAGGAUGUAAUGCACGAAGCAGAUGGAAUUUCAGAGCGAGUAGACAAUCUCGUUUUGAUACACUUCUUCCCAUUGAUUUCGAAAGGAUGCAAUAG